AUGGUGUGGAAUGUCUGGAACCAAGGCCCUGAAGCAUUUGACAAAGGAGAAAAUUCCUUUAUCACCUUCAUAACACGGCUGUUUGAGAACCGCAGUCCAUUCGUGGACGACGACGACGACGACGACGACGAAAAAUGGCGUCAAGCCAUGACCGCGCUCGGUCUCAGGACUGACGUCCAAGACAAGAUUAUGCAUCCCGCCUUCAGAGAACUUCGCCUCACGCAGUCAUGCGGCUACUGGUGCAGGGAUACCGUCGAGAUGCGAUGCGAAGCUCUCCGGUACACUCAGAAGCCACGAGAGCACAGUCGCCGAGCAUCAUCAGCACCAUCCAUCUUUGACAAGUGCGAGUCACUCACCCACAUAGCCGCCCGGGGUACCAGUGGCCAUACUGCACUGUUCAAAGACAUUGAUGAAGCGCGGGCGGAUGGCUUCCUCGACGUGCAAGGCUCUAUCCAGCACAUGAGUCGGAUUCUGAGCUCGAGCCCAUCCGACUUUAGCUCUGACCGGCCCUUGUUCUAUUUCCACCCGGAACUCGCGACUGCACAAUGCUACGCUUGGUAUGCCAAGCAACGUGGCACGGACGAAACCAACAUUAUGAUUGUAUGCGUCGCGAUCCCCAACCAAGUCCUCCAGGGUCUCCUCCUCACGGACCGUGCGCUCCAGCGCCUGUACUGGCCUAGCGAGGCGUGGAAACAAUCCGUCGCGUGCAACCGCAUUCGUCACAGGGUACCUGUUGAGCUCUGUCGAUUUCGACGAGCCACGCUCCUGAUCGGCUCGACGGCCAAGAGCAAGGUUACCGGUCCUGGAGGCGUGACGGAGGACACUGUUCUGAUGAUGGAUGGACAGCCCGCUGUCCAAUACGCGUUUGAUGGCAGCGAGGAGGGCCAGGACUUUCUGAAGAAGAGUAUCGCGCAGCGGCCCUACGUUUACCAAUUCCCCAAGGGAGAUCGGAGUACCUGA